CCUCUGGAGGUUUAUCCCGGCUCGCCCAUUUUAACCAAUAGCUAGGAGGGAGAGAGAGAGAGAGUAUAAGAGAGAGAAAGCGAGAGAGAGAGAGAGUCUGGGAGAGGUCUGUUUGUGCAUUUCCAGCUUGCAGAAGGGAGCGACCGUACAUCUGGAAAAAGUAGGGUUUUAAGCGGAGUAAAGGGAUAGGCAUAGCUAUUGGUUUUCGCAUCGACUACUUUCAAGCCCGCGAUUUGUAUUUGCGCUACAGCUAAGGUUAGAGUUAGAGGUAGGGUUUAUUAUCAGAAAAACUUCGAUUUCGGUUUUUUCUAUGUGUGGACAAACCUGUGGAUUUGCGCUAAAUUUUCGCUCUCGAUGCUCUGAAACGAUUCGUUUUGGAGGUUUUGUGAAACUGGGUGUAUGAGAUAUAGGGUUUCGUAUUUGAUGGACGAGAUCUGGGAGCGGGCCGUGGAGACAGCGCUAGACGGCCAAACUGACCACGCCUCGGCUCGAACUCUGACUUUGGACGGCGCCGUUAAGUGUGUCCAAGGUCGGCUGCCCCCUCCGAGUCUCCUCGAGAGGUUCCUGAACCUCCAGCACCUCUCUAUUGCUAACAUCGGUGUCUCUUCCCUCGAGCAGUUCCCUCGCCUCCAAAACCUCCAGAAGCUCAUUCUUUCCGAUAAUCGGAUCGCCGGAGGUCUUGAAUUCCUCGUCGAAGCUGGCCUCGAAUCGCUCAGAGACCUCGACCUCUCCAACAACCGGAUUCAGUACAUCGAGGAUCUCGCCCCACUCGCACAGCUGAAGCUGGUCUCGCUGGAUCUCUACGAGUGCCCCGUUACGCGACUCAAGGAUUAUCGAUCUAGGGUUUUUGGGUUGAUAAAAUCGUUGAAGUAUUUAGAUAAGAUGGAUGCGGAGGAGAAUGAGCGGCCUGAGUCUGAUGACGAGGAGGAAGACGAAGAGGACGAUGACGAUGACCCGGGGAGUGGCGAAAUCGACGGUCAGGAUCGUCCUUUUGGAAUGAAUAAUGGGCAUAGUGAGGGGAUCGAAGGGGUUGUAGAUGUGGACGAGGAUGACGAGAGCGAUGCCGAUGAGGAGGAGACCGAGACGGCUAGGAGAGUUAACAGGCCGGAUCAUCAGGCUAAUGGGUUUCGCGUUGAGCGUGUUGAGGGCGAGGGUGGUGAUGAGGAUGAAGAGGAGGGCGAUGAUGACGAUGACAAUGAAUCGGUGGAGGAAAUCGAUGAAGAGGAGGGUGAUGAUGAUGAUGUAGUUGAGGUGCACGAGAUUGAGGACAGUGAUGACGAGGAAGAUGGAGUUGAAUAUGAGGACGACGAUGAGGACGAGGACGAUGACGACGAUGAAGAAGAGGUGGACAAUGACGAGGGGGAUUUUGCAGGGCUUGAGAGUACGAGGCGGUUGACGAGCACGGAAGGGGAGAUUGAUGGACACGAACAGGGCGAGGAUGAUGCCGACGAAGAUGAUAAUGGUGAGACUGGGGAGGAAGAGCAGGGUGUUGAAGAAGACGUAGAGUUUGAAGACGAAGAAGAGGGCGAGGAGGAGGAAGAAGACUAUGGCGCCGGCUAUGUAGUUCAACCAGUGGGGCAGACUGAAGAAGGUGAUGCUGGAGGUAGUGUCAUGGAACCAGGAAAUGAAGACGAUGAUGCUGAAGAGAAGGAAGAAGUUGAAGAUGAUGACAACGACGUUGAUGUUCGGGUGCUGCCUCCCACCUCAUCUUCACAACUUAAGAGGAAAAGAAAUGGAAUUGCAGACAAGGAUGACAAUGGUGAGGACGAUGAAGAGGAAGAUGAUGUUGUCGAUUGCAGCAAGUCAACAAAGAAGCAUCGUUAGCACUCACUUUCAAAUCUCCUAUUUAAUGUUAUGUUAAAUUGUCUUUGAAACAGAAGGAAAGAGGUGAACCUCACAUUAGAUUUAGAUUGGUUGGACAAUUAGGGGAAUGGGAAAAUGUACGUUGGGGUGGUGGCAUAUCUUUAGUUCAAAAAGCCGUUAGUCUUUGUCCCCGCGCUGGUAUAGCCGUUACUCUUUGUUUUUCAAAUGGCAGUUAUUAAGGGGACUAGUAGGAAGUGACCAGGAGGAGGGAAAAAAAAAAGAAGACAUGGAAUUUGUUUUUUCUUUAGUUUGUCCAAGCAGUUUUUGAAAAAAAAAAAAAAAAAGAGGAGGGGGGGUUUUGUAAAACGCUUGUAGAUAUAGUUUAUUAUCCUUUUCUAUGUUUAAUUCCAAUCAAGUGGGCUUUCAGCA